GGGAGAGUACCUGAACUCCUCCAUCGUCUGUUAGAAUUCCUGACACCCUACCUCUCCCACAGGUAUAAGAAUGUCAGGGACAGGAUUGGAAGCCUGCUGUCCAACAUCAUAUUGUAUGACUACAGCAUCACGGCGGGUUCCUCCACUAAAUCUCCACACAGAGUGGACUUUGUCCAGAAGGUGAUUCCACAACUGGAACCUCUCAAAGACCUGGUGCUAUCAGACAAUGGAAACAAUGGCAGCUCAAAAGAUGAGGAGAACUACAGAGACAUGUCUUCCUCAUCAGAGAAGAUGGAGAUGGAAGAUGAUGAGGAUGAAGAGAGGAAGACAACCAUAAGGCUGUGUAAAACAGUGCUGAAGUGGAUAUCUGAUGGUCUAGGUAGAAUGUUUACCUCAACUACACCAGAGCUUUUCCUUUUUCUUCCAGUUAUUUGCACGUUAGAGAGUGAGACUAAGGAUGAGGAAGUGAAGACUGAUUGUUCUAUGGCCCUGGCCUGUUUCUCUCAGGCUCUGAUUCAGGAGAACAAUGUCACGGUGUGUCUGGAUACCAUCAGAGAGGUGAUGGGACUGAAGUCCUGGCAUUCCCGUGUAGCGAUCCUCGGUUACAUCCACGUCAUGGUGUUCUGUAAUCUCUUUACCAUGAUCCAGACAAAGUACAAAAAGGAAAUCCAGAACUUUAUACUCCAUCUCAUCUGUGAUGACCAAGUAGAGGUGAGAGAGAUGGCAGCCAUAACAUUGAGUGGUUUAGUACAUUGUGGAUUUCUAGACAUGGACAAAGAUAUGCUGGAACACUUUGAAGUCCUUAGUAAGAACAAGGUGAAGAAGCGUAAGUUAGGGGACUCGAUGCCUCUGGAGGCCCUAAUAAAGCGUCACGCUGGUGUCCUGGGUCUCGGUGCUCUAAUGGAAGCCUAUCCUUACAAUGUACCCGAGUUCAUGCCACAAAUCCUAAUGGACCUCAGUAACCAUGUCAAUGACCCUCAACCAAUUCAGCCAGAACUGGUGAUAAGACGCUGUGAGGGGGCAUGUGAACAUGGAGGAACUCUCCAGGGCAGAAGGGAUGCAAAACGCGGUGUCAAGUUGCAGAAAGACUUCAUGUUUCCCAAAGUGUAA